AUGGGGAUCCGGAACUGGGUAUCCAGCGAUGACUAUAUGUUUGAAAUAAAAAAUAAUGAGAGUCUGUUUGAGAAUAAAAAUUUGGAAUAUAAUGUAAAACCUGUAUGGAGUUUUAAAGGACAUACAAAUUCAGUUGAAGGGAUUCAUAUGAUUGAUAAAAAUAGGUUUGUAACAACUUCACAUGAUAAUAGUAUUUCUUUAUGGAGUUUUGAAUAUAAAAAUAAAAUAAAAAAUAUAAAUUUGUAUAAUCCAAUACUAUGUUCUAGUUAUAAUUCGAAAGAGAAAAAUUUAUGUGUAGGAACUACUAAUAAUAAUGAAAAUAUAUACUUAAUAAAUAUUAAGCAAAUAGAAGAAGAGAAAAUUGAAAAAAAAGUUUCUAAAAAAAAUAUUGAAGAAAAAAAAAAUAUAGAAAUGUAUUCAUCAAAUUGUGGAUCUAUAUUUUGUAUUAACUAUUUUGAAGAUGAUAAAAUAAGUUAUGGAAGUAAAGAUGGUUGUAUAUGUUUAUUAGAUUUAAAUAAUAAAAAAACAAUUUAUAAAUAUAAUGAAAUAGAAGAUGAUUGUCAGAAUUUUUGUACAUACAGUGAAAAUUAUAAAUUUCAUAUCUUUAGUACAUAUAAAGGAAAAAUAAUAUUUAUAGAUUCAAGACAGCAAAAUAGUCCUAUAUAUAUAAAUGAUAAUUUACAUUCAAACUAUUCUAUUAAUACAAUAUUUAAUUGUAAUAAUUAUAUAUAUACAGGAGGAUCCGAUUGCUUGAUAAAAAAAUUUGACAUUCGAUGUCUUGAAAGAAGCCAGCCUGUUGAAAUAUAUGUUGGGCAUACAUCACCAAUACGGUCUUUAGCAUUUUCUAAAAAAUAUAAUAAUUUUUUUUGUUCUUCUUCCGAUUCUGGAAGUAUAAAAUUGUGGAAAUGUGAUAAAAGUAUUUCAAGCACUACAAAAAUUGCUGCUUCAUUAAGUUGCACUGCAUCUGUUUUUGAUACUACUAAUCAAAUGUUAAGUAUAAAAAGAGAUGGAUCUAAAAUACGAAAACCUAGUAAAAACUUUUUAGAAUUAAAUAAAAUAAAAGUGUCUAAUAGUCGUUCAAGCUCUAUUAUAUCUGAAGAAGAUAAUAAGAAAAUUUCUGAAUCAGCAAAACUGCUAAAUAAAAGUAGUAACUAUAAUAUAAGUACUAAUAAAGUUAUAGGAAGUGAAAAAUUUAGUAAAAAAGGAACAGGAACAGAUGUAAAAAUAAAUAAUGAUCACUAUGUCCAAGUUAUUUCAAGACAUGAACUAUUUAAUCCUGUAAAAAAUAAACCAGAUGGUGUUAACAAAUUAUCAAGAAGUAGAAAUUUAAAAAGUGAAAAUAAAACUGAAGAAGGAAAUAGUAAUAAUAUAAAAUCAGGAAAAAAAAAUAUAAAAUCUGAAAAUAAGUUAAGUAAUGCUUCAUCUAUUAAUCCAACUAUUAUUUACAAAAGUAAUAAUUUUAACACAAAUAGUAAAAUGACAGAAAAAAAUUAUCUAAAUACGUUAAGCGAUAAUAAUAGAAAUGGUAUUACUUCAUCUACAAAGAUGAAUAAUAAUAUUUUAAAUUUGGAUUUUUUUUCAAAUGAAAUUUGUGCACUUAGUAAUACUCAAAAAACAAUAAAAAUAACAUACCCUAAUUUAUCUAUGUUAAAUCAUAAAAGUCGAGUUUCAUCAAUGGAAUGGACUAACCAUUUUAUUUUAUCAACCUCUUGGGAUCAGACUGUUAAGUGUUGGGAUGUUCGAGAUUAUGUCACGAAAUAA